AUGAUCACGGACAUGCAGCCCGCCAUCUUCACCAACAGGCAGGGCGUGUCGCUUUUCUUGCUUGUGGCUCUCUAUUACUACGUGGCUGUCAACAAUUCCAAGAAGCAGGAAUGAAAGUAGCGUUUUCUCCAUCCCAGGCUUCCAGGACAUAGUCUGAGGCAAGAUGGAGAGUGUGAGGGGCCUUCACACUUCACUUCAUCCCUCCUACCCA